UGUCGAAACAUGGCACCUCCUACCCGCCCUUCUCACGACUCGCCCGAGCCUGUCGAUUCCUCUGAUCACCCUGCUCUGCAGCCGGCUGUCACCCACGUACCCGUCACACCUGGCGCUCACCUUGGGGGUUAUUCCGCCUACGUAGAUCCAUCCAGCGAAAACAGCCAGAACACGAAACUCCCGUUCGACCACAAUCAAGCUACGCCAGGUCCUUCCUGGAGCGCCAACUCCUAUUUUUCAUCCAAAGAUGAGGGGCACGCCGAUUCAUCCACUGAAGCCACAGCUGGCGCGAAGACCGGGGAGGAGCUGCUUAGGAGACUCAGCUUAGUGGGCGAGCCCACCUCCGAAGACAAAACUGCAAAGGUCGAGCCCCAAAACGCACACCCAAAUCUGAACCUCAGUGGGCGCAUCAUCAGUGCUACUUUCGCCGUGCCAUACAAGCUCGGAUACUCCAAAGGAAACGAUUGGGAACUGAGCCCCCGGCAUGGAACAUCUGCUCUCUUCGAUUCCUUUUCUUAUCUGGCCUCUUCUGCAUCGCCCUGGAACCACACCUUGAUCGGCUGGACAGGUGAAAUUCGAGAUAUGGAUGCACCCGGUGGAGUAAAUGGAGCUACUGGGAAACCUAUCAAUAAGGCUGCUGCCCCGGUCCCAGUGGAUGGCAAAACUCCACCCCAAGAUAAUGCCCAAGACAACACCAUGCACAUUGGUCGUGAAGACAGGGAUCGCUUGGAGAAGCAGCUUGAGCGGGAUCAUGGAGGCAAAAUUGUCCCAGUGUGGCUCGUUGACGAGUGGGAUGAGAAGAACGAUACUGCUAUUCUCCAAGAACAAGAGCGCUGGCGCAAAUAUGCCGAGCAUGAGCUUUACACUAUCUUUCACUACAAGCAGAAUGAACCUCAAGAUGGUCGCGAGUCGCGCAAUGCUUGGGCGGACUAUUACCGAAUGAAUAUGAUCUUCGCUGAUCGUAUUAUGGAGCAAUAUAAACCCGGCGACAUUAUUCUUGUGCACGAUUUCUAUCUGCUUCUCCUCCCAGGUCUUUUGCGCCAACGACUUCCCAAUGUCUAUGUCGGUUUCUUCCUCCAUGUUCCGUUUCCCAGCAGCGAAUUCUACCGUUGCUUGAGUCGGAGAAAGGAGAUACUCGAAGGAGUGUUGGGCGCGAACAUGAUCGGCUUCCAAUCAUACAGUUACUCGCGUCAUUUCUCGUCGUGUUGCACUCGAAUACUUGGCUUUGAGUCGUCCUCUGCUGGCGUGGAUGCAUAUGGUGCUCAUGUUGCUGUCGACGUAUUCCCCAUUGGAAUCAACGCUUCUGCCACACAACGUCAUGCCUUUGGUGACCCCGUCAUCGAGGAAAAGCUGAAAGGCAUCCGGGCAUUGUAUCCCAACACCAGAAUCAUCAUAGGCCGUGACCGACUCGACGCAGCUCGUGGGGUUGCUCAAAAGUUACAGGCUUUCGAACUAUUCCUCGACAGAUACCCACAAUGGCGCGGCAAGGUCGUUCUGGUACAAGUCACGAGUCCAAGUAGUGUUCAAGUCAGCAAGAAUGCCGACGAAGAUGAGAAGAUGCGGAACAAAACAUCUGAAAUCGUUUCUAGAAUUAACGGUAAUUAUGGCUCUUUGAGCUUCGUUCCAAUCAGGCAUUUCCCUCAGUACCUCAACAAAGAGGAGUACUUUGCGCUUUUACGACUAGCCGAUGUAGCACUUAUCACCAGCGUCCGUGACGGUAUGAACACGACCAGCCUCGAAUAUGUCGUUUGUCAAAAAGACAACCACGGGCCGUUGAUCUUGUCCGAGUUUUCAGGUACAGCCGGCUCGCUCGGUGGUGCCAUUCACAUCAACCCGUGGGACACGAAUGGUGUUGCCGAAGCUAUAGACAAAGCGCUUUGCAUGUCAGAAGAGCAACGGAAGGAACAACAUGAGAUGAUCUACAAGCAUGUAAUCGAGAACAACGUGCAGGCUUGGACCAAUAAUCUCGUCCAUAGACUUCUGACCAAUCUCUCAUCGUUUGACCAGUCUUUUGCAACGCCAGCACUGGACCGGGCGAAAUUACUCCAGCAGUACCGCCAAGCCAAAAAGCGAGUAUUCAUGUUUGAUUACGAUGGCACUCUUACACCUAUUGUCAAAGAUCCUCAGCAAGCCAUUCCUUCUGACCGUGUCACCCGCACGUUGAAGACUCUUGCAUCCGACCCGAACAAUUCGGUCUGGAUCAUCAGUGGAAGAGACCAGGCCUUCUUGGACGAAUGGAUGGGUCACAUCUCCGAGUUGGGGCUCAGCGCCGAACAUGGCAGCUUUAUGCGUUACCCGCGAACCGAGAAUUGGGAAAAUCUUGCAGACAAGACGGACAUGAAUUGGCAGUCCGAAGUGAUGGAAGUCUUCCAGCACUACACAGAGAGAACUCAGGGUUCCUUCAUCGAGCGCAAGAAGAUCGCCUUAACAUGGCAUUAUCGACGCGCCGAUCCUGAAUUCGGCGCAUUCCAGGCACGGGAGUGCCAAAAGCACCUCGAGAAGACGGUGGCCAAAAAGUACGACGUAGAGGUAAUGACGGGGAAAGCCAACCUUGAAGUACGACCACGCUUCGUCAACAAAGGCGAAAUUGCAAAGAGGCUCAUAACCGCAUAUGGCGACACGCCGCCACAAUUCGUUCUCUGUCUUGGUGACGACUUCACCGACGAAGACAUGUUCCGUUCACUGCGACAAUCCACGAUGCCUACCGAUCACGUCUUUUCCGUGACAGUGGGAGCAAGCUCGAAGCAAACUUUGGCUAGCUGGCACCUCCUGGAGCCUAGUGACGUGAUUUCAGUGAUAUCACUUCUGAACGGGUCGGCUGAUGCAGGCAAUGUUGGAGCUGUGGCAGCGGUCGAAGGUUCGAUUCCCAAUAGCAGGGUAUGA